AUGACCGACAUCGAAAACAAAGACGAGAUUCGCGAUCAGAUCGCCCAGCAGCUCUCUCAAACCCCAUUCGCAUGCUCCUCUCUCACUCGCCUAUCUGGUGGCACCGCCAAUUUCGUCUACCGGGGUACACCUUCAGCCCGGGAUUCGAUCGUCAUUAAACAUACCAAGAACUAUGUGGCCUCCAACCAGGAUUUCAAGCUCGACGCAAAGCGAUGUCACUUCGAACAAGCCAUCCUGCAAGCGCUCAAUGGGCUACCGUUCCACUCCCAGGGAAACAUCACCGUGAAAACGCCCCGUGUAUUUGAUUUUAUCCAGGAAACAAAUACGCAAAUCAUGGAAGAUUUGCCUAAUUCUUUAGAUCUGAAGACUUUCCUCCUCUCGAAUUUGUGCCAGAAUGUGUCGGCGUCUUUAGGUCGAUUGCUCGGUCGGUCGCUUGGACAUUGGCUGAGGUCGUUCCAUGACUGGGCGGAUAAAGGGGAACAGGCAGAGACCCGAUCUUUCCUUGCCCAGAACGAGUCGAUGAAGGAGUUGAAGUUUCAUGUCAAUUAUUCCAUGCUGAUGGACACGAUUGCGAACUUCCCGGGUGUUUUGGAAGAGAGUCGGGGUGUUUUUGAGGAAGUGAAGAAUCAUGCUGCGGGGGAGAUGAAGAGAAGUGAUCAUAAUCGUGAGUUUGGAAUCAUACAUGGUGAUUUCUGGACGGGGAAUGUUCUGAUUCCCAAUGUUCCGCUCCGAGAACAGUCUGAUACUACCCUUUUCAUUAUUGACUGGGAAUUAUGCCAGAUCGGAUAUCGAGCUCUGGAUCUGGGACAGAUGAUGGCUGAGUUGUAUGAAACGAAGCUCUUUAAAAAAGUGGAUUGUAGCGUGUGGGUAAUUCAAGGCUUUUUGGAGGGCUAUGGCCCUCUUAGCGAUAUUAUGGCUUUCAGAACUGCUGUUCAUGUCGGCGUUCAUCUUGUUGUUUGGGGCAGUAGGGUCGCUGGAUGGGGUAGCGAGGAGCAGGUUGAGGAGGUCGUGAAGAUUGGUAGGGACCUUAUUGUACAAGGGUGGAAAAAGAACCGAGAGUGGUUUGAUGGGCAAGAUUUGGAAUGUCUUUUCAAGCGAUGA